AUGAAUCCCUUCCUUGUUUGUCUGGGAUUCUUCUGGGAUCCCUUAUCGCAGGGUGUGCAAAAUUUCCUGCAGAGCAGCACGGGGGAAGCCGUCUCCUGGGUGUGGAAUCUGGCCGCCGGUGGAAUCGUCACUCUCAUUCUGCUGGACUCCAGAGCGGAGGAGCUGGGCAGGGAGAUGACAGAUCUGAUCUGUCUAAGAGAAGAUCUAGAAGAGCAUAUCAAACAAGGGGAGCUUGAGGACAUGGGGCCGACCUCCCAGGCCAAGAAUUGGCUCAGGAAGGUGCAGGAGAUCGAGUCCAGGGAGGCCGAUUUCCGGGUUUCCUUCCAGCAGAGGGGGGCCUCCCCUGAGGGCUCCUCUUUACGAUCCUCUUAUCGGCUCGGUUGUGAAGCUGCCGAGUGCCUGAAAGAAGUCCAGAGGCUGAAGACCGAAAAGAACAAUCUCCUCGACCAACUCAUCCCGGCGCGGCCGCCCGCGGUGGUUCCGCAGCCAAGCUCUUCACUCUGCGACAACGUGGGCGCGGAGAAGACGUUGUCGGAGAUCCGCAGCCUCCUGGAAGACAAUGAAGCUCCAGUCAUCGGGAUCUACGGCUUGGGAGGAAUAGGGAAGACGACCCUCUUGAAGGCGAUCAACAACGAGUUCCUCCCGAGGGGAUCCGGCCGUUUCGAUCUGGUGAUUUGGGUAACCGUCUCCAAGGAACCUGAUAUCCUGAAGGUUCAAGAGCAAAUUGCCACCCAGUUGGGCUGCCCUCUCCACGGCGAGAACCGGGCCAGGACCCUGCUGAUGGGCCUCUCCCAGAAGAAGUUCCUUCUGCUGCUGGACGACGUGUGGGAGAAACUAGACCUCGGUUCUAUAGGCGUCCCCUUCUCCUCCUCUUUUUUCAGGAACGGAAGCAAGGUAGUCUUUACCACACGCUCAGUGACAGUGUGCAACGAUAUGGACGCUAAGAGGAAAGUUAAGGUGCCCCUCUUAAAUCGAAAGAGCUCUUGGACGCUCUUCUGCCAAAAGCUGGGCAGGGAAGAAGACCAGUGGAAUGAUCGCUCUAUAAGGUCUCUCGCAGAAGCCGUUUGUCAAAAAUGCGGAGGCCUUCCGAUCACCCUCAUCACCGUAGGCCGGGCCAUGGCGGAUGCCACCACCCAUGGCGAGUGGAAAGAGGCUCUCAUGGCGCUGAAGGGCAUACCCGUGGAGCUCGGAGACAUGAAAGAGGUUCUAAUUCUUCUCAAGUUCAGUUUCGACAGACUGAAAGAUACAUCCGCCAAGGAGUGCCUUCUCUACUGCGCCCUCUUCCAAGAGGAUGACAGCAUCCUUAUAAGCGAGCUCAUUGAUUACUGGGUGGGUGAAGGGCUCUUAGAUAGGGGAUGCUAUCCCGACUCCAUUGACAGAGCUCGUAACCGCGGCCUCGUUGUCAUCACCACUCUCAAGGCUGCCUGUCUGCUAGAAGACGGGGAGGACAAAGGAAGAGACGUGAAGCUCCAUGACACGGUCCGCGAGAUGGCGUUGUGGAUAACCAGCGGCGUAGGCGACGAGAGAGGGAAUGUCUUCUUGGUGAACUCCGGGGAGCAGUUGAGGCACGUGCCGACGCCGGAAAGAUGGACGGAGGCGAGAAGGAUAUCUCUGAUGUGUAAUGAGAUACGCCUGCUCCCUGAGGAGCCUCGUUGCCCCAAUCUGCAGACGCUGUUGCUGAAUUACAACAUACCUCAUCUGGAGGAAAUCCCCGGUGGGUUUUUCCAGUUCAUGCCGAGCCUUCGUGUUUUAAAUCUGUCGUGGACGGGAAUAAGGGUUCUCCCCCCGGAAAUCGGGUCACUGGUAGAACUGCGGUAUCUCAAUCUAUCAAGGACUCCCCUGGAAUCAUUACCCAUGGAGGUCAGGAAUUUGACGAAGCUGAGACAUCUGCGUUUGGAGGGAACCUGGACUCUUAAGAGUAUCCCACGCGAGGCGGUCUCAUCGCUUGAAAGGCUGCAGUCGUUGAACAUUUAUGGGAGUAACUAUGAGUUUAGAGCAGGAGGGGAGGGCGGUGGUAGCGAUGGUGUGAUUGACCAUGAGGGGAGACAACUCUGUCUGAAAGACUUGGAGGACGGCAUGUGGAACCUGACGGAGCUCGGUAUUUGUAUAACAGGCAUGACGCAUGAAGACAUGCAGGCUGUACUGAACUCUCAGAGACUGUCUGCGUCGAUCAGAUUUCUACGGCUUCAACAGGUUCAACUCUCGUCUGUUGAUUUGGGAUUCAUGAAAGCCCUGAGAAGGCUUGAGAUUUCGGAUUCUACCGACUUGGAAGAGCUGGUCUUCAACACGAACCAGCUCUCGGAGCUGGAGGAACUGACAUUGGGUGAACUUCCCCGAGCAACGAUCUCUUGGAAAGAUGGCAACGUGUUUGUGAGGGGGCCCACCACAGCUGCCAUCUUCAAAAACCUUCGGAGAUUGUGGAUUGAGAAAUGUGAAGCAUUGGAGGACAUAACCUGGAUCAGACAACUGCCCUGCAUUGAGAUCUUAUCACUAACUGAAUGUUCGAGAAUAGAAGAGGUGAUAGUAGUCGAAGAGGUGACGGUGGACAACGUGGAUUAUGAAAAUGAUUCUUUCUUCCCUAAAUUAAGGUGGAUUUGGUUGCAAGAUCUUCCGAAUUUGAGGAGCAUAUGUAGGCAUCCGUUGUUGCUCCCUUCCUUGGAGGAAUUCCAUGUAAUCAACUGUCCAGAGCUGAAGAAGCUGCCCUUUGGGCUCUCUACUGCCAAGAACAUCCAACGCAUCUCUGGUGAAAAAGAAUGGUUGAAACAAUUAGAGUGGGACCAUGAAGACGUUCGGUCCAAGUUGACCCCUUAUUUUCGACCAAGUAGGUGA